CGGGUCAGCUCAGCUGCGGGAAAGUCCUCGGCUUGGGGGCGAAAUAUUUCAGGCAUCAAUUCCAUCAGUUGCGACGAGAGUAUCGAGCAGUGAACAUAGCAGCCGGCGCAGGUGCGAGCCAGAAAAUGUCAUCGAAGCUCCUGAGACAGCGGGCCCAGGAGUUCCUGGCCUCGCGUAAGCACGCCAACCAUCUCGUCGACAUAAUGAACUUAUGGGAGGGCCACACACUAGGAUGCAUUCUCGCGAUGGAGACAAUCUUCGGCGAGGUUCUCAAGCGAGGUGAUAUGUACCUCGAACGAACGAUAUCUCUGACGAUUUCAGCACCUACAUCAGAGAUGAGAUAUACUACAUGGUUGCGAGAAUGUUAUGAGCAAGUCUGGGAAAAGUUACUGAAUUCCAUAGAAGAUCAAAGAGAAUCUAUUCAAACACAAGCCCUUACUACUGCAAUCAAAAUAAUGGCUGCAGAAGGAAAAGCACCAUUAGAACCAAUAGAAAAUGUAGAAUAUUACUUUCCACUGCAUAGACUCAAACCAAUCAUAAUGAAGCUUUUAUCACCGGACAAAGAAUACUUUUCCUUGAUUGCUAGAUUCCAAGAAAUUUCAAACUAUUUGGAUGCUUUGUACUUCUCUUGGAGGAGUCUGCCAUCACUUACUCCAAAAAGGCAACCACCAAAUUUAUACAUUAGGAACUUAUUAGAAUUCAUACAUAAAAUGCCUGUGCCACAAGAAAACAAUGGUGAAAAUGGAACAAAUGAUAGUAUAGAACUUCUUUGUGGAUCACAGCAAGGUUUUAAAUGUGAUUAUGCCGGCGUUAAAAGAGCGCUAAAUAAAGUUUGGGCUUGCAUAAUGCAUUGGGAAAUGACGCCACAGCUACAUAAACAAUUGCUUAUUGUUUUGUUGGAGAGAGUGAUGCCGCAUUUGGAAAAGCCAGUAUUAAUGACAGAUUUCUUGAUGGACUCUCUGGACGCGGAUGGUCCGAUAGGUUUACUUGCACUCCAAGGUGUUUUUGUAUUAGUCACAAAACACAACUUAGAUUAUCCAAAUAUCUUCACGAAACUGUAUUCCAUGUUUGAGCCAGAAAUAUUUCACACGAAAUACAAAGCACGACUAUUCUACCUCUCAGAUUUAUUCCUAAGUUCAACACAUUUACCAGAAGCGCUAGUAGCCGCGUUCGCAAAACGGCUUUCUCGAUUGACUCUAGUCGCGCCACCGGAGGACAUCUUGACAAUUUUGCUGUUCAUCGGUAACCUGAUACUGCGUCACCCAGGUUUGAAACGGCUGAUCGAUCAUCCCCCGAUAAGUCACCAGAUGAUCUCACGAAACGACGAAACGGGCGCGGGCGAUCCGUUUCUAGAGGAAGAGCGAGACCCCCUGCAAAGCAACGCGCUGCUGAGUAGCCUCUGGGAAAUUCGUGCCCUUCAGUGCCAUAUGCUGCCAAGUGUGGCCACAGCCGCGCGCUUCAUUCGCGAGCCCUUGCCAGCAGCCGAAUACGACAUGGCAUCGGCUCUCGAACGCACUGGUGGCCAUAUCUUCGAUCGCGAGCUAAAGAACAAGGUCAAGGACAUCAUGCUAACGUUCGAACGACCCAGCUCGAUGGCUCUGCCCAAAGGCGAACGAUUGCUCCAGUACUGGCAACUCACCACCGCCACCUCCACACAUUAAAGAUAUGGUCUGGUCAGACAACAUUACUUAGGCAACCCUUUAUUACUUCUACUACUUUUUUGUUUUCAUUUUCAUCGACGUGUAGUUGUUGAUCACCAUGUGAUAUAUUAGACAGAAGAGGUAGUAAUCUCUUCCUCUUUUUUUCUCACUUUCACACCGAAUUUUUGGAGUUAAAUUUUAGAGUGUCAUUUUCAAAUCCAGUACUAAUCAACUGCCGUUACUAUUGUAACCGUGACUUUUGACGUUGAUGCUGAUAUUCAUUGCUGUGACAAAAUACGCACGGCAAAUUCUACAUUUUCUAAUGACCCAUAUCUAAUAUCUCUUCAAUUUAACUCUGAAGCUAUUUGAAUAUACAUAGUUUCAAUUUUCGUUUUUUUUAACUUUGAGAUGACUUUUUAUGAAGUAAAAUCGUACAACUUUAUUGAAAAUCGAUAUAUAAAUUCUGAUGUAUUUUGAAUUUUUUAUUUGUUAAUUAAACUUUGAGUGCAAUAAAAGCAAGAUUGGGGAAAAAUAAUUAUCCAAUAUUGCGGUGCACUUCCGACGUUAGAGACUUUGGUAUUGAAAAAAAAAAUUUGAAUUAUUUUUUAAGUGGACCUAAUUAUUCUGCUUUUAUUUGCUGUACUGUUAUAAUAUCUUGUGUAAUACAUAACCGUUAAAGUCAGUUGUUUAUUUUCUCUUUUAAUGUAGUAAUAUAAUUUGUUUGUACCUGGAUAUUGUAAUAGCUGUAAUCAAUAUUUUUGAUUUGUACUAGCUUUUCCAACAAAUAACUUUAAAAUAUAAUAUAAGCUUGAUCAAAAGCAAAAUCAUUGAAAGAAUGUAACAACCAGGAUUUUAAAUUCUGAUAUUUCAGUGAAAAAGAAACGUUUAAUAUUAUGGCAAAUAUUGACUUGUGCCGUUAGUGAAUAACACUAAUUUUGUUAUAGAACUCAUUUAUACACACGAAUGUGAAAUAAUAAAAU